UCCAUUUUUACAAGUACCUUCUUCCUCUCCUCUAUCUCACUCGAUCCUCGCGUCGCACCCCCUUCAGUCCCCCCCAAAAAUGGCUUCAGAGAGCAAUGAGGUGGUCAAAGAGUUCCGACUCUUCAAAGUCUACAAGGACGGCCGCAUCGAACUCUUCCGUCCUCCGGUCGAGAAGAUCCCGCCCUCCGACGACCCCGACACCGGCGUCCGAUCCAAGGACGUCGUCAUCUCGCUGGACCCGCCAGUCUCCGCCCGGAUCUUCCUGCCCCGCGUCUCCGGCCCGGCCCGGAAGCUCCCCCUCCUCCUCUACAUCCACGGCGGCGGGUUCUGCCUGCAAUCCGCCUUCUCUCGCACCUACCACGACUUCGUCAGCACGGUCGCGGCGGAGGCCGGCGCCAUCGCCGUCUCCGUCGAGUACGGGCUCUUCCCGGCUCGCCCCAUACCGGCCUGCUACGAGGACUCCUGGGCCGCGCUACGGUGGGUGGCGGGCCACGCCGGCGGGGAUGGGGCGGAGCCGUGGCUGAACGAGCACGCCGACUUCGGUCGGGUCUUCAUCGGCGGCGACAGCGCCGGGGGGAACAUACCGCACACGCUGGCCGUCCAGGUCGGGUCGAUCGGGCUGCCGCGGGGCGUGAAGGUGGUGGGGGUCGUAUUGGUGCACCCGUUUUUUGGCGGGACGGACGACGACGAGAUGUGGCUGUACGCGUGCCAGACGAACCGCGGGCUGACGGAUCCGAGGCUGAAGCCAGCGAAGGAGGAUCUGGCGAGGCUUGGGUGCGAGAAGGUGUUGGUGUUCGUGGCGGAGAAGGAUCACCUGAGGGAGGUCGGAGUUGAGUACUGCGAGGAGUUGAAGAAGAGCGGGUGGAGAGGGAGUGUGGAGCUGGUGGAGAAUGUUGGGGAAGACCAUUGCUUUCACCUGCGUGAUCCCAAGUACGACAAGGCCGUGGAGUUGAAGGACAAGAUCGUCUCCUUCAUCAAACACAACUGACUGAUCUGAGCCAUGAUGAUAUUGGAGUAAUGUUUGAUCCGUGGGAUCAAUUGAUUCUCCCUGUUUGGGUUGUUUUAAUGUCUUGUGCGUGAUGAAUCUAGAUGAUUGGAUAUCUACCAAUCCUUGUAAGUUUAUCUAAUAAUGUGCUAAGUUGGAUCUUCUACCUCUCGAAUA